AUGUCGAGGGUCCGGGACAGGACGGAGGACUUCAAGGAGUCCGUUCGCGUCGCCGCGCUCUCCCAUGGCUACACGGAGUCGCAAUUGGCCGCGCUCAUGUCGUCUUUCAUCAUCCGGAAGCCGUCGCCCAAAUCGCCGUUCACAAAUGCAGCAAUCAAGACGCUUGAGAGCAUCAGGGAGCUCGAGAAGUUUAUAGUGAAGCACAGGAGGGACUAUGUGGACAUGCAUCGCACCACGGAGCAAGAGAGGGACAACAUUGAGCAUGAAGUUGGUAUUUUUGUAAAAGCAUGCAAGGAACAGAUAGAUAUCCUAAAGAACAGGAUCCUUGAAGAUGAGAGGAAUAGAAGAGCGAACACAUGGCUUGGCACAAGAGAUGAGACUUCCCGGUUAGACUUGAUAGCUCACCAGCAUGGUGUGGUUUUGAUUUUGAGCGAGCGUCUCCACUCAGUAACUGCACAAUUUGAUCGCCUUAGGUCCCUGCGCUUUCAAGAAGCUAUUAAUAGGGUGAUGCCAAGAAAGAAGAUUAAGAAGAAGCCAGAAAUAAAACCUACUGAACCAUCCAAGUCAAACCUUGUAUUGAAAUCUGAUGUCUCGAAGGUUGAAGAUCGGGAGGUAUCAACUGCGCCCUUAAGAGUUCAAGAACAACUCUUGGACGAUGAAACACGAGCUCUCCAGAUGGAGUUGACCAAUCUUCUUGAUACUGUCCAAGAAACGGAGACAAAGAUGAUAGAGAUGUCAGCACUUAAUCAUCUUAUGUCAACACAUGUUCUACAGCAAGCUCAGCAGAUUCAAUAUUUAUACGACCAGGCAGUGGAAGCAACGAACAACGUGGAGCGUGGGAACAAGGAGCUAUCCCAGGCGAUCCAGCGGAACAACAGCAGUAGAACCUUUCUCCUGCUUUUCUUCUUUGUUCUUACUUUCUCUGUUCUGUUUCUUGACUGGUACAAAAACUGA